AUGUCCCUCGGCGCUGCUCGGGCCAUGGCCAGCAGGCGCACACUAACAACCGGUCCCAAGAAGGAGUUUCUCUGCAUCAUGCCAGACCGACCCAAUGUGUCCGAACUGCGUAAAAGCGUCAAAGGAGCACACUACGAGGGCAUCAAGCCCCUCAUUUCAUCUGGACGGCUCGUCGCGGGCGGUGCAAUGGUCGAGUCGCACCCGGCUAAAGAUGAGCUUCCCGGUUUCAAGGGCAGCGCUGUCGUGUACACGGGCGACAGUGUCGAGGAAGUGCGCAAGAUUAUCCACAACGACGUGUACGCAACGAGCGGCGUCUGGGACUUGGAGAAGACGCAGAUUAUACCCUAUAUUCCCGCAGUGCGAGCAGCCAUGUCGUGA